UGAUGUUUGUAUAGUUUUAAAUUGUUUAAUGGUUGCUGCCACAGUUUGCUCCGUUGCCAUGGCGACCACAGCGGCCGCCGCCGCCGGUGUUCUGUCAAAUUAUGCUACCCGGUGAAUGCAUGGAUCUAUUAAUAAAAUCUGAUGAAUGUCCUACUUUGCGUCAAUGCGCAUGCGCACCAGUCAACAGCGUCGACUGGACUAAAACAACACGGAAUCGUCCUACAGCUGUUUAAGAAGAAAACUGUGAAAACGGUAAUAGAUGCCUAUUUGCACAUCUUCAUUGAAAAGCACAAGAUUGUCAACAUCCCCAAGAAGGCCCUCAUCCUUAUUGAUCCCUUUGGGAAAGAGGACUAUUAUUCAAGAAAAGUUCUCCACAACUGGAGGAAAUACCUUAAAAGGAUGGAGAGAAGGGGCUGAGGCAUGGCAGGUGGAGACUGUGCACCACAAUAAACAGCAGGAUGCCAGUAGCUGCAGAGUUUUGGUUAUGAAGUUUGCAGAAAACUUCAUCACUGAAGAAUCCACAGAGGUCGUCACCACAGCUGAGGCUGUGCAUGAAUACAGGAAGCAGAUUGCCUGUAGCCUGCUACAAAAUCCGGGCGAUGCAAAAGAUUACUGCAUAGUGUGCGCCCUGCUGGAGUGCGAUCCACAGCACGGCGGGAUUGGAAUGGUGCAGUGUGGGACUUGUCAUCGGUGGGCUCAUUUGGAAUGCGCCAAGUACACCGACGAAGAAAAUUACACCUGUCCAAAAUGCUUGUGAUUGAAUAAAUGCAGAAUAAAAAAGGAAUAUUUAACUGCCAGCAGUGUCUUUGUGGGUCUGUGCCUGCCCCAAUCACAAUUCCAGAUUCCUUUACCAAGGUUGCUGAUCUUCUGCUGCAUCUUCAUUUUACCUCCAACUACUACCCCACCCCUCAUAUCCACUCAUAUCCACUUUUUAUGCACAGGUUGAUUUGUCACAUCGAGACUACUGCUGCAUUCAGAUGAAUCUGAAAAUCUGAUGAAUAUGAAACUUUGUAUAAACCUUUUCUUUAUGAUACUUCCUGGAAAUGUGCAUUUACUUCUUUUCAAAAAGAAAUUAGUGAUAAAAAAUAGAUAUAUGUAGUUUGAAAAUUUAUUGAAACACAACAAGGUGAGAUACAGGCAGUUCUAUCCACAUGCGUGUACAGUAUGUGACAGCAUGAUUUGACGGGGUAUUUUCAUCUGCCAAAUCGUGCUACAUGAUAUA